AUGACUUCGUUUUACCAAAGAGCCUCGAAUCCACAAGAAACUGACAUUCUUGGCAAUCUCGGACGUGUCUUCACUUCUUUGGAACACAAAUUGUAAGUUUUUUUGACUUUGUUUUGUUAUUUUUAGGUUUAAAUUGGAUUAAGAAGAUAGGAAAGAGCGUGGAGAUGGUGUAUUUUUACAAGAAAAUAUUGUUUUUAGUUGUUUUAUUGAAAAAUUGCAGUUUUUAUGAGGUUUUUAACUCUAAAAGUUUAUUUUUUUGGUUUGAUAUUGGAAAAGCUUGAUUUUACGAACUCUAUAAGGUAAAAAUAUGAUCUUACAUUACUGUUACAUAGAAAAACUUAUGUUUUCAGAGAGAAAGAUGUCCGUGAACAUCUUCGCAACGUCUACGCCACCCUCACCGUGGCCAUGUUCACCGCCGUAUUGGGUGUAGUAGCGAACCACCUCUUGAACCUGUACAGUCUUCAUUUCCUAUGUUCAAUUGGUAUCUUCGGCCUGACUUUUGCCUUAAUUGCGAGUCCAGCGACUAGAGAGACAGAGAAGAGAAGAUUGGGAUACCUGUUGGGAUUGUCGUUCUUGGUUGGAGUUACUACAGGUCCAUUGGUCAUGUAUAUUGGAGCAUCGGAUCCUUCAGUCGUGUUUAAUGCCUAUAUCAUCACAUUGGUCGUGUUCGGAUGUUUCUCAUUGGCCGCGUUGCAUGCUGAGAACACCAAAUUCUUGCAUCUUGGAGGUAAGGAAGGGUUUUAUAAUUGAGAAGCUUUUUUUGGUUUUAGGUGACCUUUUGAUGGCUUGUAAAAGUCGUUAAUUUUAUUGAUAGUAUUUUUUAGAACUUUUAUUAGUAUAGAAACAUCAUGAAGGUUAAAUACGUUUUCUAUAUGUCAAUAUAGAUAUUAUCAUAGGUUUUUACUCUUCAUUUAUGAAAAAUUGACAAAAAUUAUUAAUCUACAUUGUUUUAGGUAUUUUGAGUGCCGCCUUGCUAGCCCUGGCCAUCACAUCCAUCUUUGGUCGCUUCUCAGCCUCAGUUCACCCCAUCCUCAUCUGGGGAGGUCUUCUGAUCAACUCCGCCUUCAUCGUGUACGAUACCCAAAUGAUUGCCGAGAAGCGUCGUCGUGGUGACACCGACUACGUUCUGCACACCAUGGAGUUGUUCAUCGACUUUGUUAACGUUUUCCGUUACUUGUUGAUCAUUCUGAAGGAGAGAAAUGACAACCAGAACAGACGUCGUCGGGAUUAA